UUGCUUCGUGCCUUUGUCAGGUUCGGCAGGGAAUUUUAGGUUAAUUGAAUAGCGGCGAGCCCGGCGAGAGCGCGGUGCGUCGAGUGCCAUAAACAGUCGCGGUUCAACGAUCCCACGACGGUCACGAAGACCCGGCGGUAGGACGAGCAGUGGCGCGAUUAAAUGACAAGCAGUCAUCAUGACAACGCCCGUCAGUGAUAAGAAAGCGAGGGUGAUCGUUUUGGGAGGAUGUGGCUUCAUCGGCCGUAAUCUCGUGGAAUACCUGCUGGACAACGACCUGGUGUCGUACGUGAGAGUCGUGGACAAGGUGCCGCCGCAGACGGCGUGGCUCAAUGCGAAGCACCAGCGGAUCUUCGAGCACCCGUUGCUCGAGUUCCAGAGCGCUAACUUGAUUAACAUAGCGUCCUGCCAAAAUGCAUUCUCCUCCGACGAGCCUAUCGAUUAUGUGUUCAAUUGCGCCGGUGAGACUAAAAGCGGCCUCACAGACCCAGUGUAUAAAGAAGGUAUCUACAAACUGAGCCUAAACUGUGCCCAACAAGCAGCCAAAAUCAAAGUCACUCGUUAUGUCGAGAUAUCGUCCGGCAAUCUUAAUAUUUCGGAAAAGGCCCCUUAUAAGGAAGAGGAUAGUGGUGAACCCUGGACGUUUGUCGCCAAGUAUAAGUUACAAGUGGAGCACGAGUUGAAGAACAUCCCAGAUCUGAAGUAUACUAUACUUAGACCGGCCAUUGUGUACGGUUAUGGUGACAGAAACGGUUUAGCACCGAGAUUAGUGGUAGGUGCGGUUUACAAGCAUUUAGGGGAAAUGAUGAAACUACUCUGGGGACCGGAUCUUCAUAUGAAUACGGUUCACGUGAGAGACGUCGCUAGAGCUAUCUGGCACGUGGCGAAUCGGCCGGAAACAAUAGGCCAAACGUAUAAUCUCGUCGACGAGGGAGACUCCACUCAAGGUUCCAUCAGUGCCAUAGUCUCGGAGUUGUUCAACAUCAAUCAUGAUUAUUGGGGUACUGCACUGUCUACACUCGCUAAGGCCGACAUGAGUCACGUAGUCGAAGAAGUGAACGAUAAACACAUGGGCCCUUGGGCGGAAGCUUGCAACAAGGACGGAGUAGUGAACAGCCCUCUGUCCCCAUACAUAGAUCAAGAACUUCUGUACAACAAGCACUUGUACUUACAGCCCGGUAAGCUGACCGAGACCACUGGAUUUACGUAUCAGUACCCUAAACUGACGAAAGACGCUCUCACAGAGGUACUCAACGAUUAUGUGAGCAUGAAAAUCUUCCCACAUUCCUUGGUUCUGUGAAUUUUAGCAAUACGCCGACUGCCGAGUUCGUAUAUCAAGAAGCUUUCGACGAUUUUGUAUAAAUAUUAGACGCGUAUACACACACACAUAUACAUAUAUUGUGUAUACAUAUACAUACACGUUUAUACGCGCAUGUGUAUACGUACGUGUGUAUGAAAGUGUUUCACCUUGUGCCUAGGGAUAUAUAUAUAUAUAAGUUAUACAUUAUAUAUAUAAUAUAUAUAAGUUAUAUACACACUCUAUAUAUUAUAUGUUAUACAAUCUUUAAUCUCGGUGUUUUACACGCCGAUAAUCAACGCUAAAUGAGUUUAUAUAUACAUACACACACCCACACACACGGACAGACAUAGGGAGGCAUAUUUGUAUAUUAAAACGGGAUACGAAGAUUUCAUAGACGGGCCUAUUGCCAAUGUGAUAAAAUAGCAAUUAACGUACUUAAUUUUAUCGUAGCUUCCCGCGAAGUAUAACGGGACUGUUUUGCAUCCUGACGGUUGCUAGUCAGACAUUGACGUUUGAGAUUCAGAAACAACGUUGAGGUCUUUGUGCACGAAGAUAAAUUAUAUUGAAGUCGCCUAUGUAAACUAUGUAAGACGUAAUGUAUAAAUCGAUUUGGACGAAUGUUUUACGACGAUUACUUGUUUAGCCGAGAAAAGACGCUUUUUUUAUAUACAAUCUUGUCAAGACUGUGGACUGUACCAGCAAAGUUGUUGAAAACCCGUUAUGUACACCUGUUAUGUAUAUAUAUAUACAUAUAUAUACACACACAUACACACACACACACAUAGAAGGAAUCACCUCCUCUAUAUCAUCUGUUGCAUUCCAACAUGUAUCUUCCACGAACUGUGAGUCAAGUUGAGAGAAAUCUUUCUAUUCCAGUAGGAAAAAAAGCGAUGCUGUUGCUGUAACACGUUACACGAUAACUCGAAUGCGUAGGGUCUAUAAGAAGGAUUGUAUUAAAUCAAGUACAAACGCUGUUAGAGGGGUGGGGCCUACGAGAUGUUACGUUAGACGAUAUUAUUCCUCAUCGAUGUGAAAACGAUCAAACCGGACUUACACACGAUUUAUGCAUAGUAUGCAUAAAUUUAAUGUGUAAAAAAAGAAAGAAGAAAAAUUACAAGCCCGUAUGCAGUCAUAUGAAGAUAUUAGUAAUAUUUAAUAUUACACUUUCGAUUCCACUGUUGUGUCAACGUCUUUAUAGAGAGGUUCUUUGAUAAUAAAGUUGCUCCAUUUAUUGAAAGAAUACUGUAUUCACUCGUUAUGAUCCUGCAGCAGGUAAGACUCGCCGCGCGCGGGGGGGAGGAGGGGGUCGUUCUUCGUGGUAAACACAAGAUCGCAUUUGUUUGUACACUGUCUUAAUUUUAUUCAAUCAUCGAUUACAACAAGACGACAUGUGUUCAAGAAGGGUCAACAAUAUUAUUAAAUAUUUCGUGUAUCAUUCUUUAGUUUUAAUACUUUAAACAAUAAGAUUAUAAUUUUAUGUAGAUCAUUAUACGUAAUAUAUUAAAAUAUAUACUUUUUAA